AUGCACAACACAAUCCACAUUGAUGAGAAAUGGUUCUACAUAACCAAGUCCAACCAAAGGUUUUACUUAACCCCUGUAGAGAUUGAGCCUCAUAGAACCUGUAAAAGCAAAAAAUUCAUCACCAAGGUGAUGUUUAUGUGUGCAGUGUGUAGGCCUAUCUUUGGCCCUGAUGGAGAAUGCCUAUUUGAUGGAAAAAUAGGCAUUUUUCCAUUUACUGAACUGGUACCAGCAAAGAGGAAGAGUAAGAACAGGGAGGCAGGCACAAUGGAGUGGAAACCCAUUCAAAGUAUCACCAAAGAAGUGGUGAAUGAUUGCCUUACUAACAAGGCAAAGUGGCCAAGUUUUGCUAGCAAAGUCAUCUACAUACAACAGGAUAAUGCGCGGCCAUACAUUAAAGACAAUGACCCUGAUUUCAGGGCAGCUGCCUCUAGUGAUGGCUUUGAAAUACACUUGGUGCAUCAACCACCAAACUCACCCGACACCAACAUAAAUGAUUUGGGGUGGUUCAGGGCCAUACAAUCGCUGCAAACUGAAUCAGUUUGCAACAAUGUGGCUGACUUACUUAUGGCUGUUCAAAAUUCAUUUCAACAGUUAAGUGCACAAACCUUGAAUAAGGUUUUUCUUAGCCUACAAAGUUGCAUGAUUGAAAUACUCAAGGUCAAAGGUCAAAACUGUUACAAAAUUCCACAUUUGAAGAAGGAUGCCUUGAUUAGGCAAGAUAUGCUUCCUUUAAACCUUGAAGUUGAUUCAAGGCUUAUUAGGGAAUGCAUAGCCUACCUAAUUGAGCAGGGGAGCAUUAAUGGGAGUGAAAGUUUCUUAAUGCAGCUGCCUAUAGGCAUGAUUGGAGGCACAACUGAGGGGCUGACUUGUAGCAUGCAGCAGCUACAAAUUCAAGGGGGCAGUGGUGCAUUUUGA